UUUGGAGGGCCCGCUGUGGCGGCGGCAACAUGGCGGACGUGUUAAGUGUCGGCGUGAACCUGGAAGCCUUUGCCCAGGCCAUCAGUGCCAUCCAGGCGCUGCGCUCCAGCGUGAGCAGGGUAUUCGACUGCCUGAAGGAUGGCAUGCGCAACAAGGAGACGCUGGAGGGCCGGGAGAAGGCCUUCAUUGCGCACUUCCAGGACAACUUGCAUUCGGUCAACCGGGACCUCAAUGAGCUGGAACGGCUGAGCAACUUGGUCGGCAAGCCUUCUGAGAACCAUCCUCUCCAUAACAGCGGGCUGUUGAGUCUGGAUCCCGUGCAGGACAAAACCCCUCUCUACAGUCAGCUCCUUCAGGCAUAUAAGUGGUCAAACAAGUUGCAGUACCAUGCAGGUCUGGCAUCUGGCCUUUUGAAUCAACAGUCGUUGAAACGUUCUGCUAACCAGAUGGGAGUAUCUGCUAAACGUAGACCAAAGGCUCAACCCACGACUCUUGUCUUACCGCCUCAGUAUGUUGACGACGUGAUCAGCCGCAUCGACAGGAUGUUCCCUGAAAUGUCCAUCCACUUAUCCAGACCCAAUGGGACGUCCGCCAUGCUUCUCAACACUGGAAAUAACCUCAGUGCCUGUGCACAGGAGAGUGAUUGAAUAAAUUAUGAUACAGCCACACAGUGGAGCCACACCACUGCUUUUUUUCAUCUUUAAAAAAGAAUGAGAAAGACCUCUAUGACUCACUUGAAGUGAUUUCUAGGAUACAUUGUUAAGAGAAAAAAACCAAAGUGUAAGAGUAUCCUUAAUAUGCUUCCUCUUUUGUAAGAAAGGAGAUAAAGAAUAUCUGUUAUCUUCUCAUUUGUAGAGGAAACACACAGAAAAGAUGAAACCUGAAACAAAGAAAUUGGUUAGAGGGAGGUAGGUGGUAAUAGGGUAGGGUGGAUGUGUAUAGGGAGGGGGAUGUGUCUCUGAGAAUAUCUUUUUGUUUAGUUUUGAUUUUUAGAACCAUGGUAAUGUUUCAUGUAUGCAAAAAAUAAGUACAGUCGACUAGAGUGGAUUUUUUUUUAAAAAGGAAUGCAAACAGAAAUAAAUAAACCUAACUGUAUUUCAAAUGAAUCAUGUAACCACACUUUGGGGAAGGGAUGGAGAGCUAACCCUAGUAACCUUUGAACACAGCAUCGUGACUCUAGAUCCUUGGGCUAAGGGUUGCUAUACCUGUGAAUAAAUGUUUAACCUCUUGGUAGUUUGCCAGUUUUUCAUAGAAGGUAUGGGUUAACAGUUCCGAAACCACUUUAUAUGUAUUCUAGGAUUGAGGAAAUAAGGAAAUAAAUUGCAGAUAACGGGAACCAGAUUUCUCCCUUUUGAAGAGGGACAUUACCAAAAAGAAGGAAAAGGCUAGAAUAAACCCUUGGUGUUGGAGUGAAACUGGCAGUGUCAGUGUGAGCUAAUUGUUUUUGAUACGUAUAUGCAGAUAGAUAUAGAAAUAGAUACAAGUGCGUGUACACAUACCCAUGUGCACACGUGUCCCAACUCCAUCUGCUGGGAUGGUCUACAAGCAGGGAGACUCCAGGAACAAUGGGUGCGUCUCUUGUCCCCAUCUUUGUUUUUAAACAUCAUUCUCGCUAACAAGAACUAGGCUCCUUGGAGAAACGGCUGGUUCCAGAACACGGGCAGAGGAAGUAUAAGGUGAACCUGGAACAUCUUCUCAGGCCAAAGCAAGGGAAGGGCUCACCGAAUGAUGGGGGUGUGUGCAAUGGACACAGAAGCCAGUUUGGCUCCUGUCAGCCAAGCCUGGGACCAUUGAGCACCAAGAUAAAUGUGAUAGUAAUGGAUUACAGCCCACAGAAACCAUCGUAAUCCACGUGUCCAUACUGAUUGAAAUAAAUAAAAGAAGAAAGAAAGAAAUGGGAGGUAUCAGUAUAACGUAAAAAUAGCUAUGGGAAAACCAUUCCUUACAGUAGAAUGUGAACUAACAGAUGCAGAAAGAAUUAGAAAAUUUGGCAGCCACCAUAGUAAUAAUUGUUUUACAUAAGAAUCAAGAAUCACCAAUGAAUGCUAAAAUUAACGGGUGAAGGGUUGAUGAUAGACAGUAUGAGUGUGGGUGUGCACACGUGUGUGUGUGUGGAAAGAGGGCAGAUGGAAGGACCCAGGCCCAAGCUCAUGCAGUGUAAUGCUAACAUAUAGGGCCUGUAAGUCUGAAAUCGUUCAAAAUUAUUUCAAAAUAAGAAGUUAACAUUUUUAAGCGAGCAUAUUUAGAUUUUUACAUUAUAUGAAAUUAUGUCUGGUCCAGAAUGUGACCGUUGUCCCCACCUCUUCCACUGCCACCACCCCUGUCCACGCCUCCAUUACCUCUCACCUGGGUCAGUACAGCAGUCUCCUGACUGGUCUCCCCCCAUCCCCUGUCUGCUCUGCACACAGAGCCAGAGAGUCUUUUAAAGGAAAACUCAAGAAGCGUGUCUUCCCUGCUCAGAACCUGCGAAGGCUCCCCAUUUCACUGUCCUUCUCGUCUGCCGUGACUCCACCUUCAGUCUCCCAUCCCUGCUGACGCCCCUCCUGCUUUGGGGCCUUUGCCCUUAGACGUCUGCAGGCCUCAUUCCUCAUAUCCUUCGAGGUUUGCUCUUAUAUCCCUUCUCCGUAAGACCUCUCCUGACCAGUAUGUGUAACUACCCCCUGCCCCGGAUCUGCCUGAAUGUCCUUUAUUUUUUUUAAAUAGUACUUUUCACUUUCUAAGACAGUACGUGAUUUUCUUGUCUGUUACGUGAGUCUCACAGCUUGUGGGAUCUCAGUUCCAUGACCAGGAACUGAACCCAGGCCCUCGGCAGUGAAAGCGCAGAGCCCUAACCACUGGACCGCCAGGGAAUUCUCUAUGCUUAUUGUCUCUUAUCUGUUUCCUCCAGAAAGACUGUAAGCACCACAAGAGUGAGAUCUUGUCUGUUUGUUCAUUGAUGUGUCCCAAACCCCUAGACCAGUGCCUGGCAACAUAGUAGGUGCUCAGUAAUUAUGUGUUGAAUAAUAUUCAUUCGUAUUGAUGUGUAUAUAUAAAGAAACUGAAUUAAAAGAUUUUUUAAAAUACUGAGAUGAGCUAUUAGGGGAUGUGAGCCUGGAGUAGAGACUGUGCAGUCCUGGCUUUGAGGGAAAUGGACACGCACCUGUUUGUACCUUCAUCUGUAAACAGGGGCUGUCUUUACCCUCCUGGUAGAGUAGUGGUUACCUCACGGGGGAGGGGGAGAGGAGUUAGUUCUUUAACUUUCUACUUGAAACACUUAAAUACUAUUUGAUUUCUUUUAUUGUAACCAUGCAUUAUGCUUAGGAUUAAAUUUUAUAAAACAAAAACUGUCCUCUUAAGUGUAAAAUUCACUGGGAACAGAAAUACGGGCCUGAUCUUACCGAUUUCUCAGUGUCUUUGUUUAGCCAGUGCUCUCUCUGUACCAGACACCAAGCUCAGGUCUUUACGCACCCCGCCUCACUAGUUCUGCCCGGGACCCCAGGAGGUAGGUGACUUUAUCCCGUUUCCAGGUUAAUAAGCUGGGACUUGCAGAGGAUCAGGGUCACAGCGGAAAGAUAACCCCAACAGUAAGUGACAGUUCAGGCCCCAGUCUGUGUGACUUGAGAGCUCAAGCUUUCACCCAUUAAAAUAAAAAAUUACUUGAAGCUGCCCAGAUGUCAUUUCAUUCAUUCCCAGCCCUGAAGCAUGUUGUUCCUGCUUCCUCAGGGUGUUCCUUGCCCUUGGAGUAUCCAGCCCCUGUGGCGCCAGAGAUGAACUCGGGACCUAGCAAACCGAGAAGGGGAGACUACACUAGGGACGCAGAGAGGGGGUCACGGGCUCAGUAAUUUUUCAGGGCCCACUGGAUUCUGAGGUUUCUUAGGCAAAAUAUUUGCAGCGCUUCCAUCUGAACGUGUACACCGAAGUCAUGCUUGGCUUUAUCUUCUGAAGGCUUGUGAUUUUAAGUGUGUGUAGAUACGGUGUUCCAUUCAGACAUACAGAUGGCAUUUUUUGUGGGGUUCCCUCUCCUGUUCUGACUUAAUUUUCUGAAACUAGCUCUUGUCGUAAUCCCAGGGAUCUUAAGCUGGCCCGUGAACUCCUAGAAGGUACUGGAUGGGCUUCAGGAAAUCUCUGAACCCCUGUGUGUAGAUACACUUACGUGCCUUUUUCUGAGGGGAGGGUAUGUGGCUCCCAUUAGAAGGGGUGGUUAAUUCCCAGAGAAGGUUAAGGACACUGGUCUUAAACCCUGAUGGAGCUCUAAGUCCUUUCUCAGGGAGGCUCUCUGGUUACUUGCUGAUUCAACCUCUAAUCUUCAUAUUCUUGUUUUAUAUUCAGUAUAUUUUAACAGGUGUACUUCAUUUCCACCUGUAUUUCUGGUGGCUUCCAGGUUAAAACACAGUGCUAGAGACACUGCUCUUAAAGAGAAUGGCCAUGCGAAGGAGGGUCCUGGAGUGGGGCAGCUUACCCCAAAUGCUUGUCAUUAAAGGUGUUUUUCAGUGUAAUGACAACUAAAGCAUAAAUAAUUUUUUUUUUAGUUACAUCGUUUUUAUAUUCUGACAAAAGCAUUUUUUUUCCUUAGAACUAAUUUCAAGGAGUAGUUUAUACUUUUCUCCCUCCCCUCCCCCUUCCCUCCCCUCCCCUCCCCCCCCCUCCCCCCCCCCCCCC